GUCCAUGUUUUGCCAGCCUAUGAUGAUUCCUCUCUGCAUCAGGCUGAUUCUACCCCCAUCUUGGCCACUUUCCCAGUCAAGGAGGUGGCAUGCAGGCUUGGCAGGGAUUGGCUGCUUCAGAACAGCCAGCCACCCAGCAUCCAGAAGCCAGGGACACAGAGUCCCAGAAGAGGAAAGGGAAGGAUGUCACAGCACAGUCUGUCCUGGCCAGGACUGGGGCCUGAGAUGGCCUCCCCAUGGCAGCUCUUGCUGCUGGUUGGGGCACUCUGGCUCCUGGCUGGAAUUCUGACCCAGAUCUAUGCUGCCCGUGGGAACUAUCGUCGCCUCCGUGGUUUCCCUGAGCCCCCCAAACGGAACUGGCUUAUGGGUCAUGUGGGCAUGGUAACUCCUACAGAGCAGGGCAUGAAGAGAUUGACUCAGUUGGUGGCGACCUACCCCCAGGGCUUUAUGAUGUGGAUGGGCCCAAUGUUACCUGUUAUCACUCUGUGCCACUCGGACAUCGUCAGAUCUAUCCUGAAUGCCUCAGCUGCAGUUGCACUCAAGGAUGUGAUAUUCUACAGCUUUCUGAAACCUUGGCUGGGGGAUGGGCUCUUGGUGAGUGCUGGUGACAAGUGGAGCCACCACCGUCGCAUGCUGACACCUGCUUUCCAUUUCAACAUCCUGAAGCCCUAUGUGAAGAUUUUCAAUGACAGCACCAACAUCAUGCAUGCCAAGUGGCAGCGUUCAUUCUCCAAAGGCAGUGCCAGUCUGGACAUGUUUGAGCACAUCAGCCUCAUGACUCUGGACAGUCUGCAGAAAUGUGUCUUCAGCUUUAACAGCAACUGUCAGGAGAAGCCAAGUGAAUAUAUUGCUGCCAUCUUGGAGCUCAGUGCUCUAGUGGCCAAAAGGCACCAGCAGCCUCUGCUAUACAUGGACCUGGUGUACCAUCUCACCUCUGAUGGGAUGCGCUUCCGUAAGGCCUGCAACUUGGUGCAUGAAUUCACUGAUGCUGUCAUCCAGGAGCGGCGCCGCACCCUCCCAGAUCAAGGUUUGGAUGACUUCAUUAAGUCCAAGGCUGAGUCCAAGACUUUGGAUUUCAUUGAUGUGCUGCUACUGAUCAAGGAUGAAGAUGGAAAAGAGUUGUCAGAUGAGGACAUCAGAGCAGAGGCUGACACCUUCAUGUUUGAGGGCCAUGACACCACAGCCAGUGGUCUCUCCUGGAUCCUGUACAACCUGGCGAGGCACCCAGAGUACCAGGAGCGCUGCCGGCAGGAGGUGCAGGAGCUGCUGAGGGGCCGAGAGCCUGAGGAGAUUGAAUGGGACGACCUCAACCAGCUGCCCUUCCUGACCAUGUGCAUCAAGGAGAGUCUGCGGCUGCAUCCCCCGGUCCCUGUCAUCUCCCGAUGCUGCACCCAAGAUAUUUGGCUCCUAGAUGGCCGGGUCAUCCCUAAAGGUGUCAUCUGCCUCAUCAGCAUCUUUGGGAUCCAUCACAACCCAUCUGUGUGGCCGGACCCUGAGGUCUAUGAUCCCUUCCGCUUUGACCCUGAAAACAUCAAAGACCGGUCACCUCUGGCAUUUAUUCCCUUCUCAGCGGGGCCUAGGAACUGCAUAGGACAGACUUUCGCCAUGAACGAGAUGAAAGUGGCCCUGGCACUGACACUACUGCGCUUCCGCCUCUUGCCUGAUGACAAGGAGCCACGCAGGCAGCCGGAGCUUAUCCUGCGCGCAGAGGGCGGGUUGUGGCUGAGGGUGGAACCGCUCAGCACAGGCACGAAGUGACUGACUCCACAUCUG